CUACGGUUUCAACAAUCAGUACGUCAAAAGCCCAUGACCUGAUAAACAUGGCUAGCCUAAAGGUCGGUUUCGUUAUAUUCGCAACUGCUUUCGUUGCUUCCGUGGCAGGUUCGAGUUUUCAAUUGGAUCCGUUAAAUGUCGCGCCGGUUCAGGACUCGGAUGACGGUUUCCGGUUACCGCAGGACAUCACGCCAACCCACUACGACAUCCGUCUGCGGACAGCAGUUCACGACGCCGAGAGGGACUUCCAAGGAAGCGUCGAUAUACACCUGACUGUGAACGAACCCAGCGAUAGAAUUACAGUUCACAGUCGAAGUCUGACAAUCAAUUCGACAAUUCUCUACACUUCCAAUAGUGAACCUUGGACGGAAGUGGAGCGACCGUCUUACGUCUACGACGAACUCAAAGAACACCUCACUUUCCAAUGCACAUCACCGCUCCAGAAUGGUACGAAUUACGUUCUGAGGAUCAACUACAAUGGAAGACUGUUGAUAGACACUACUGGAUUUUUCCGGAAAUACUACCGUGAUAACGACGGCAUCCGCCGGUACAUUGCGGCGACUCAGUUCUAUCCGACCGGGGCCCGACAAGCGUUCCCAUGCUUCGACGAACCAUCGUUCAAAACCACCUUCACGCUUUCGCUGAUUCACCACAAUAGCUACAAUGCGGUUUCCAAUAUGCCUCGCGAAGACGCACUUCUAGUGGACACGGUGGAUUUCGAAUUUGUCGUAAGCACCUUUGCGGAGUCGCAACGGAUGUCUACGCACGCGUUGGCCUUUGCCGUGACGGAUUUCGAGGUUAGGUCCCGGACUCCGCAACAGCGGACUCUAGCGAGACCGAAUGUUGUGAAUGAUACGCAAUAUGCCCUGGGCGCCGGGGAUGCUAUUCUGCUGGCGUUAAAUACGCACUUGGACUUAUCGUACUGGAACUACAUGCCACAGUUGGUGCAGAUCGCCAUUCCGGACUUCGGUUUGGGAGGAACGCAGACCUGGGGUCUGGUGGGCUACGGGGAACCAACGCUUCUGUACAACCCGGAAAUCAACGGUUAUCGGUCCAAGCCGGCAAUUGCUGCGACAAUUGCCCAAGCCUAUGCUCACCAGUGGUUCGGUAGCCUGGUCACCGUCGACUGGUGGAAAUACGCCUGGGUCCAUGAGGGAAUGGCCUCGAUGUACGGCUACUAUGGGGCUCACCUGGCGUAUCCGGAAGAUCAGCACAUGGACCGGUUUCAGCUGCAAGUGAUGCAACCUGCUCUGGAGCGUGACGCUUCCGAAGAUGCGCGGCCGAUGAACUGGAACGUAGAAUCGCCAGCGGAAAUUGCAGGACUGCUCGAUAGCGUCAAUAAGCAGAAAGCCGCCGGCGUCAUCAAUAUGCUCCGUAACGUCCUCGGCGAGGAGUACUGGCAGAACGGUGUAAAGCGAUACCUCCGUAGUCAUGAGAUGGACUCCGUUACACCCGACGAUUUGUACGAAGCAUUGGAAGAAGCCAUUGAUGACCUGCCGGUUCUACCCAAUAACAUGACCGUCAAGCAAUUUAUGGACAGUUGGUCCGAUGCCCCCGGUUACCCAGUGGUCAACGUUCGUCGAAUCUACGGCGCUGACGAAAUCAUAAUCUCUCAAGAACGUUUCUUCCUCGACAGGCAACUGCCGAGCGAUCACAUUUGGUACAUUCCAUAUCAAGGGCAAUAUAUUGAGAUGCUUGACUUCACUUACCACGCAUGGUUGACUACAAAAGCCCGGAAACAUUUCGGAAGGUUCGAUGAUAAUAAACCAUUCAUUCUGAAUGUACACUCUGUAGGCUUCUACCGCGUCAAUUACGACUCACGGAACUGGGAACUGAUCACCGCUGCUUGGAUCGGAUCACCAAACUUCGCAAGCCCAACAGCACGAGCCCAACUGAUCGACGACUCCUUCGCAUUGGCUCGUGCCGAUUUACUCGACUUCAGCGUCGUUUUGCGCUUACUUACUGCGCUGAAGAACGACCGCGACUACCUCCCGUGGGCAACGGCCAACAAGGUACUGACCUAUCUACACGAUCGCUUGCGUGGAACCGAACAGUGGAGUACGUUCGUCUUCUACGUCAUCACUCUGGUCGACAGUAAUUAUCGGAUGCUACAGUUUGGAGAGAUCGCUCCCAACGAAACGAUCAACGAUAAACAGCUCAAAGAUCUGAUCCUCUCGUGGACUUGUAAGCUGAAGAUCUUCCAGUGUUCCGGAAAUGCCGAACAAAUGUUCAGGUCGGCCGUGCGUAAUGACGUCGGAGUUCAUCCGGACAUUUCGCCCUUAGUCUACUGCUACGGAGCGCGCAGCGCAGUCAACGAAGAGUUCGUUUGGUUGUAUCGAAGAAUGUUCGAUUCCCAGAAUGAAGCCGAAAGGAGCGUGCUGAUCAACGCCAUGGGAUGUUCGCAGAGCAAGGAACAACUGGAUGCCUAUCUAACUUCGUCGAUCGGUGCUGGCGUUGGUUCGGAGGUGAACUUCUUCGAUCGCGAACGGUUACAAGUCGUUCAAGCAGUGUACUCCGCUAGUCGUAUCGGAGUGGAUGCUUUGAUCGAUUUCCUGAACAAUUGGGAUAUGGCCGAUGACUUCAUCUACUGGUUGGACCAGCCGGCGUUCGACGACGCAAUCACCGCAAUUGCUCUGCGCACUAAUACGCAGGCCGAAUUCGAUCGACUCAAAGAUCUACUGGUAACUGUAGGAUCCCUUGCUCCCGAAAACGUGGUUAACGCUGCGAUGACCACGGUCAAAGCCAAUCUCGAUUGGCACGACAGUUUGGAGGCGUUGAUUAUAACCGAAUUCCUCGAAAGAUACGUCUACGAAACGAUUUCGCCACAAAACAAAGUCACGUAAGCGGUAACACUUGAGGAAUCCAGAGAUAUCUAAUCGAAAUAAAUGAACAGGUAGCCUUAGAUCA